UGUGUGUGUGUGUGUGUGUGUUUCUCAGAGAACCGCUGCGCUGACAGAGUUCAGUUGAAUCAGCUGGACGGUGACACACUGCUGGUUUUGAUUGACAACUCUGUUCAUACGGUCGCUCUGAACGGAUCGGCUAAAUGUCACGGACACCUGAUGGACGUCAGCUUUAAGUUAGACAUCGACGCCGUGGUGUAUCACGACGAGACGCUGAUCGCCGUCUGGAAACACGGCUGGCAGAGGAGAGGUCAGGGGUCAUCAGAGAUCCUGCAGGAGAUCACUGACCACAAGAAGACAUUCCGGCUGCUGGGAACCGACAGAAUCGUUGUCAUGGAGAAGCGAGUGUGUGAUGACCAAUCAGGACUCUGUAAUCUGUAUAUCCUGGAGACGGUUGACUCCACCCCCGUUUCCCAAACACACACGGCCAACCUCUGUUAUUAAUUAAACUUGUCCUGAUGUUAAUAAAGACGUCAGCACAGGUGUGAGAACACAGGCCGCGUCUGUCUCCAGUGUGUGUGUGUGUGUGUGAUUUCUCAAUCAGUCCACUGCAAAACCCUUACAAGACUUGUACAGUUUCUAACUAGUGUGCUGUACAGAAACAGAGAAAUCCAGAGCAAAUGAGAAUGUGGAUGGGCAGUCAUUCUAGAUUUGCAGGUAUUUCAGAGACACAGCAGGUCCUGACAACGCCAUCAUUACAGUGUGUGUGUGUGUGUGUGU